GCCUUCAGUAGACCAAACCUGUCUCGCAGGAGUAGGCCUGUCGCGCACAGUAUGGUGUCUCUCAACAUGAUGCCCUGACGACCGAUAACUAUGCUCUUCGAGCCCACGACAUCUACCGCCUACUGGCUUCGUAACUACAUUGAUCGCCCACCAUGAGCCGACCGCCCAAACUCCCCUCCUCUCUCAUCAACACCCUAACCUCACAUUCCGGCCCCAUCAACGCCAUAACAUUCUCCAGUCUAGGCGGCACAUACAUCCUAACCGGGUCAAGUGAUCGCCAAAUCCACCUGUCGCGCUCCGAACCCUCAUCCACUACCACUACCACAAACAAAAUCCCCAUAAGUACAGCGAUCCAAAAGUACGCAGCCCAUGGCUAUCCCGUUCUCGACAUCUCCGUGUCCCAAGACAACCAAACCUUCGCCAGCGUAGGCGGCGACCGCUCCGUCUUUCUCUGGGACGUACAGCGCGCAGACGGCACACUGCGACGUUUCGGGUCAAACACCAACGCAGGACAUACAAGCCGUAUAAACUGCGUUGCGUUCGCCGGGGAGUCCGACAACGUGUUGGUAUCAGGUAGUGACGACACCUCAGUCAGGUUAUGGGACGUCAAGAGUCGGGAUAAUAAACCGCUAAUGGUCCUGGAGGAAGCCAAGGACGGGAUUUCUGAUCUAUGUGUCCCGGGAAACGGGUAUGAGAUUGUGAGUGGGAGUGUGGAUGGACGGGUACGAAGCUAUGAUGUAAGAAUGGGGCGGGUUACGAUGGAUGUUAUGCCGGGGCCGGUAACGAGUUUGGAUCUCUCGAGGGAUGGAAGGACUGUGCUUGUCGGGUGUCUUGAUGGACGGAUUAGGAUGAUGGAUCGUCAGGAUGGGACGUGCUUGAGGGGAUUCCCGGCGGAAGACGAAAAGGAGGGGUAUAAGAAUGAUAGUCUGAGGUUGAAGAGCUGUUUUGCCAGUAAUGAGAGUUUAGUCCUGAGUGGGAGCGAGAGUGAUGGCAAGGUUAGGGGCUGGGAUGUGCUGAGCGGGAAGAGCGUGGGAAUGCUGGAUGUCAGUACGUCGGGCAGGGUUGUUAGUGUGGUGAGAUGGAGGGAAGGGAGUCAAGCGCAGGGUAGGCAGGGGUUGUGGGCUGGAGGUGGCGCUGAUGGUGUUGUCAAGGUCUAUGCUGCUGGGUGAAGAGCGAAGAACCUUUUGUGUGGACAGAUGAAUAUGGUAUACAACGCCAGAAUGUAUGCACCUCAUAGUUUAAAGCUGAGGUUGGCUGUGUGCAGCGACGCCCUUCAAUGCCACCGCUGCUUAUGAAAUGCAAUUCAAACAACUUUUAUCCAUCCUCCAUCCAAUGCUAUGCAAAUCAACCCAUUCCUAAUGCAUGCUUUUUCUGUGUCCAUCG